AUGACACCACUGUUUUACUUAACAAAAAUAAAAUCAAACACUUCAUGUAUUGUUUUACUUUAUUUUGAUACUUCAGAUCGUUCUGCUGCUUCUAACUAUACUCGAUCACGAGCUUAUUGGGAAGAUCGUGAUUAUUAUUCAUCUGAUGAAGAUACAUUUGUUGAUCGAACUGGUGCUGUGGAAAAAAAACGUUUAAAUCGUAUGCGUCAAUUAGGAGUACAAGAUACUACUACUAAUGAUCAUCAGAUUAAAACACCAGACGAACUAUUGAACAAUAAUAAUAAUGUUAAAAUUCAUCCCAAAAAUGAAAAACGAUUCUCUCAAAAUGCAACUAUGAUUACUGUGCUUUCUGAAUUGGAAAAAAUCGGUGAAGAAAUUGUUUCAAUUGAAGAAGAAUUAGAAGCUAUCAACAAAGAAUUUUCAUCGAAAGAAGCGAAUCCAUCGCAACUUGACGAGUUAGAAGCCUAUAUGAAUGCAUUAAAAACAAGUUCAUCUAAGCGUGCACAACGUUCUAAAUUAAAAGCACGUUUAAUUCCAUUGCGUCAAACUGAACUGCAACUUUUUCAUCGUGCUGGACUUACAAGAGUAGGCAGAUCGUUAAAACAAUCUAUCAAUGGACAAAAUAGUAAUAAUAAUAAUAAUAAUUCUGAAUAUAUUUCAUCAUCGGAUGCUGCAGCUGCUGUUCGAGCAGCUAGACAAAAAUUACAUGAUAAUGCUGCUGCUGAUGAUCAACAAUGUACAGACGAUCAAUCAAAUGUUACAUCUGAGCAAAAGAUUAAAAAUACUCGAGCCGAUAGAAAUGCAUUAAAACGAAGUCUACAAAAUCAUGCCAGAACACUUUAUGUAUCUCAGAAGAAAAUUGAAAUGGAUGAACCAUUUGAAGUGGAGAAUGAUGAGGAGGAUGACGAUGACAAUGACAAUGACGGUGACACUGAUAUGAAGGAUACUGAGAAAAAAGUAGAGUUACAACAAAUAAAGAUGAGAAUAGAUGAGGAAGAGAACCAGAUUGAUAAUGUCAUAUCUGAUUCUCAAUCUGAAUUGAAUAAAUGUUUCGAUUCUAGUUGUCAGUCAACUUCUUCCAGUAUUUCUACUACUACUACAACAACUACUACCACUACUACUAAGACCAUGAAAAUUGUCAAUGAUAAUGUUAGUGCUGUAGACAAUUCCAAUAUAACCAUAAGUAGUGAACAAAACGUGGAAGAAACCGCACUGGAAACUGAAUUUUUUGUUGAUAAAAAUCAACCUGUCAAAGUGUUAGGUCCAACUAUGCUUUCAUCUCAAUCUCAUAAACCUCUCGUAAGUAGUUUCAACAAAUUAUUAUUAUUAUUAAUGAUUUGA